GGCUUAGUGAGCGUUGAAAUUUACCAUCCUCUGACUGCCUGCUGAUCAGAAAUACAAAUCAGAUCCGAGUGUGCGAUCCUGCCAAACGAUCGCGUUCUUUACUGCGAGCGAAGGGGCGUCUCACUGCAAGUGGCUUCCAGAGCAUUUUGGUCGCUUUCCUGUGAUUUUGUUAGGAAAGUGUUCAAACACAAGGACAUAUCUUUCUGUGAGAGGGAUUCCAAGCUGUAAGCAUGAACCCGAUAAUGUAUUGUCGACCGAAUUUGGCCACUCUUCUGCUGAUUCUCUCCGCUGUCGCCCUGGUUGUGCACGUUCAAGGUUCUUUCCUGGAGGGCCGCGGGGCCGUAACCCAGAGCGGAGGCCAUGGGGAGGCAGAGGGAGGUCAUAGCCCCUUCCCGACCACUCAGGACACGAACCGAGAUGGCCCGUUGGUCAGCACAGCUCCACCCUUCAACGUCCUUAACCAUCAUCCCCCUUACAAAGGCUUCCUCGCCCCAGAGUCUCACCACACUGACGACCUUCGGGGUCACCCACAGUUUUUUGAAGACAGUGGAGGUGCCACCAUGCCAGGCUCGGGCCAGCACCUGGUCCAGGAGCCCUCCACGCAGCUGGUGCCCCACGAGGACAUGCCAGCUUUCUCCGACGUCGCCUCGCCCACUCCAACCACAGCAGCAACUCGUGCCUCCAUCACCACCGCCGGUGCUGCCGGCACAGAUCAACGUGCUUCCAAGGUUUUGGCUGUGAUGAGUGACCAGGGAAAAACCACAGCGUCACACAGAGAUGUCACCACUGAAUCCUUGACCACUGCAAUGCACACGUCCACGCCUCCCCCCUGUGCCAGCACUCCCAGUAUGGCUGUUACCAUGGGACGGGGCCCAUCAGUCGCCAUAGCAACCACUGUGCCGCCACCGGCCUUGACAACCCUUGUGAAAACGGACAAUGUCGCUGAGACAGAGAGGUCCAGGGCACAGAAUAACAAGUCCCCUGAUAGCGAGGUCCCUGCUGCAGCAUCCUCUGUGUCUGCCGAUUUAGAGGAGGAAACCACAACAACCACUAUCAUCACCACCACCGUCAUCACAACCAUGCAGACCCCAGUUCCGUGCCUCACCAACUUCACGGCGCCCAAGGGCUACAUCGAGACGCCACAGCAGCAGCAACAGGCGGGCUCCUGGUACUACUCGGCCGUGGAAUGCACCUACACCGUGACUGUCUACAUGGGCUACGGAGUGGAGAUUCAGGUGAUGAACGUGAGCCUGGCUGAAGGGGAUACAGUGAGGUUUGAAGACCUGGGCGGCCGCGAGCCCUCGCUGCUGGCCAACGAGUCCAUCCUCAUGAAGGGCUUAGUGGUGCGCAGCUGGAGCAACCAGAUCUCCAUCCACUUCCACAGCCAGCAGCCCAAGCCUGGAUCUUUCCUGUUCCGCUACCAAGCAUUUGUACUGAGUUGCCCCUUCCCCGAGCGCCCAGCGUACGGAGACGUGUCCGUGACCAGCCUGCACGCGGACGGCGAGGCCUACUUCUACUGCUUCACUGGCUACCAGGUCCAGGGCCCCUCCACGCUGACCUGCAUCAACGCCACCACCCCCUACUGGAGUGGCAAGGAGCCUCAGUGUCUAGCUUCCUGCGGAGGUGUGGUAAAGAAUGCCACAGUGGGACGCAUCGUCUCUCCUGGUUUCCCUGGCAACUACAGCAAUAACCUGACGUGCCACUGGAUUCUGGAGGCCCCCAAGGGCCACCGCCUGCACAUCCACUUUGAGAAGGUGGCCCUCGCAGAGGACGACGACAGGCUGCUGAUCAAAAAUGGGAACCACAUUGACUCCCCUCCGCUGUAUGACUCAUAUGAGGUGGAGUACCUGCCCAAUGAGGGCAUCACCAGUAGCUCCAGCUACCUGUUUGUGGAGCUCACCACCGAUGGCUCUGGCACCUCCACUGGCACUGCCGUUAGAUACGAAGCCUUUGGGCCUGGGCACUGCUACGAGCCAUUUGUCAAGUAUGGCAACUUCACCAGCAGUGACAGCACGUACGCAGUGAGCACUGUGGCGGAGUUCACCUGCGACCCCGGAUACACCUUGGAGCAGGGCUCUGUCAUCAUCGAGUGCAUGGAUUCAAACAACCCACAGUGGAACGAGACAGAGCCUGCCUGCAGAGCUGUUUGCAGUGGGGAGAUCACGGACUCCGCUGGGGUGGUGCUGUCUCCAAACUGGCCUGAGGCGUACGACAAGGGCCAGGACUGCAUCUGGGGCAUUCACGUGGAGGAAGACAAGAGGAUCAUGCUGGACAUCCAAGUCCUCCACAUGGGAAAGAAUGACCUUCUCACUUUCUACGACGGAGACGACCUCACUGCUAAGAUCCUGGGCCAGUACGGGGGCACACGGCCGCGCUUCAAGCUCUACACCACCACAGCCGAUGUCACCAUCCAGUUCCAGUCCGACCCCGCCACCAACAUCUACGGCUACAACAACGGCUUUGUGGUGCACUUCUUCGAGGUGCCACGCAAUGACACCUGUCCCGAGCUACCUGAGAUCACCAACGGCUGGAAGACGACCUCUCACCCCGAGCUGGUCCACGGCACGGUGGUCACCUACCAGUGCUACCCUGGCUUUGAGGUGGUUGGUACCGAGAUGCUCAUGUGCCAGUGGGACUUGACCUGGAGUGGGGACCUGCCCAGCUGUGAGAGAGUGCUGUCCUGCCCUGACCCGGGAACAGUGGACCACAGUCGGCGAGUGAUGUCAAACCCCCGAAUGCUGGUGGGCUCUACCAUCCAGUACAUCUGCACCAAAGGCUACUCGCUCUCUGGAAACAGCCUCCUCUCCUGCUACAACCGGGAUUCCUCUGGGCCAAAGUGGAGCGAGAGGCUCCCCAAAUGCAUCCCUGAUGCGUUUGAGCCCUGCAAGAAUCCAGGCACCCCACCCUACAGCACCCUGAGCCCCCAGAAGCUCGUCUAUCAGGCGGGAGAGGUGCUGCACUUCACCUGCCAGAGGGGCUACGAGCUCCUGGGAGAGCCGGCCAUCCGCUGUGUGUCAGGGCGCCCCUCGCGGUGGAGCAACCCUCCCCCUGUCUGCAAAGGCUCCGCACUUGAAUACAUAAACGAGCAGCGAUUGGAUGUUGCAAGAGAGUACUUCAACAUCGAGGGCCCUAACGUAGCCAUUGCUGUCUUCAUCCCUGUUGCCGUCAUCAUGGCUGUCAUUCUAGGGAUUUACUUCUACUUUUCAAGGUACCAGGGGAAGUCCUUGCGGCUGUCUACGUCUCUUCAGUACGACCACAUCAGUGGAGAUUCAGCUUUUGAUAACCCUAGUUAUGACACAGCAAACAGCGAGAGGCCCUAUAAAGUGAUUGGAACCUGAAGAGGAGUACUUGAAGAAGUCACUGGACAUUUUUAACUGGAGGUUUGUAGUAGGGUGGGCCUCUCCAUUUUGUUUUCUCUGAGUUGAAUCCAUGUUAUAAUCAUAUUCACAUCAGCUCUGUUCUCAUACUAGUAGCCUUGGUUAGAUGCUUGAUCUUUAGUUUUGCAAGUGGUUUUGGAGUGCAUGUCUUGUUAAGUCAUUCUCUUGCGUGUUGUAAAACCUAAUUGUUUGUAAUUCGCAGGACACAAGAGAGUAUGAAGUUUCCAUUUAAAACACUGCAUUUUUUCAGCCUGGAGGAAUUCAAGCCUUUUAUGCCUUGUGGAAGUAUUUUUCCGGCACCUUCCAUUUCUCCUGUGACUCCUCCCGCCUCCCGUUUCCCCCUGUACGCCCUUACUGUACCUGCUGUAAAUAUCUGUCUUCAGAAGAAUUCUGCAAGCACUGUAAAGAGUGUGGACAACCUGAUAUUAUUUUUGUAGAGCUUCAAUAGCAAUGGCCUAGCACCGGUGUUUGUACAGUUUCUAACCUGUGACUGAUCCCAACAGCACUGACAGUAGGACAAUACUCAUCAAAUCAUUAAUGCAAGUCUCUUUGUGUACAUAAACAGACAGGGUGAUUUUGGUGAUUAUUAAUAUUUCAAUUUCACUUUUUGAUUCACUGAUAAUUUACCAUCUGCAUAGUAGCCUAUUAUAUGACAUCUAUUUAAAGAUGUUUGAGUUAUUGAAUGACUGGUAGAUUGAAGAGACAGAAAAAAAUGUACUCUACCUAAAAUCUUCAUUCCUUAACUGGUAAAGCCAGGCCACAUACCGUAGGCCUACACCUUGUUGAGUGGCUUUCCCAGAUCACCACUCUGUAUUUUACAGUCACUGUUUUAAUUUUUAACAAUACUUGUCUUGGCCCUAAUUUUAUGUUUGAUCAUUUAAUGUCUGGGUGUACUGAACUGUACUUAACAUAACUGCUGUUACUUAUUUUGCACUUCUUUAAGUUAUUAUGAUGACAUUUAUUAUUAUUGAAAAUGAAUAUAUUAUUAAGAGGGCAUUUUCCAAUGUUAUCACUUGAAUAUUUUUUUUUAAAUGUGAAUAUAAUUAGUGAUGGAAUGAAACAGAUCAUACUUGGUGACUGCUGAGCAAAUCACCUUGGAGAACAAAGGAAAACAUUGGAGGGUAAAACUGUUCUCCCAACAAUAUUGUAAUAUGUCUAAUAAAACAAAUAUUAAAUGGCAGACUUUGGAGAAUGACAGGUGGUUUCCUUUUCUGUUUCGGUUGAGGUUCCCAGUGGGAUCCCAACAUACCUGUAAAACCAAAGUAAACUAGAAAAAACAUGUUUUGGAGUUUGAAAUAAAGCUUUUCCUGGACCAGUGAAGAUGAAUCUUUAUCAAGAUCUGUGCAAUGCUGAAAUGGGUGACCUGACCGUAAUCCUAAUUUCACAGAUUUACAAUGUAGUUGAAACUGUUUUGAGAGAUUAUGUUUAUAAUGUACAUAUCUGCUUUAUCAUUUGAAAAAUUCCAAGUCAGUUUCAUAUAUCCCCAUAUAUCAAAGGUUAUGACAAUGUUAAACUGUAUGUCCCAAGAUAUCAGUCCUGCUUGCAAGUCAUCACUGAUGUUCAGGCUAAAUGUAUGCCAAAAGGAUUAAUAAAGCAACUCUCACUCCAUUCCAAUGGAUUUCAAAACAAAAGGAUGUGUUUUAGUUCAGCUCUUAUCUGUUUGGUUGAAUCCAAGAGCUCAGAGAUGACAAAGUUCACAUAGAAUGUACAUUUUCUUGCUAUCAAGUCACAAAAUACAGAACCAAUGUACUUGGAAUCAGGGGGAUCUUGGUAUUGGGUGUACAUUAAAAUGGCUUCACUGACUGAGUCACCUAAUCACAGUUUUACUGUAAUGCUGUCACAGUUUGAACAAUGAAAAGAAUAAUUGUGUUUUUAUUUCUUGUAUAAUGUAAUGAUUGACCACUUCAUGAAAGUAUCUCUUCAAUAAAAUGAAUAUUCAAAAACA